CGGGGCGCCGGACACCCCAGAGGGAGGUCGACAGGUCUCGGGCCCUCAGGCGAGUGUGCUGAGGUGCCGGACAUUCAGUCCCCAGCGGGCGGACAGGUCUCGGGCCCUCAGGCGGAGCGACAGGUUCAGGGCGCUCAGGGCGCCUCAGGCGGGCAGACAGGUCUCGGAUACCAGGCGGCGGCAGGCGGGGCGCCGGAUCCCCAGCACGGAGCGGGGGCGCUGGACCCCCAAGCGGGCAACAGGUCUCGGGCCCCCAGGCGGAGACCGCGGGCACCGAGACACCAGGCACGACAGUGGGCUCCGAACGGGCAUCGGGUCACCAGGCAUCAGGUCAUUUGGCUCGACAGCGGGCACCGCGUCAUCUGGCAAGGCAGUGGGCUCCUGAGUCAAACUGGGGUAUGACCGCGGGGCACUGGGUCAGACAUUGGAUCGUCUGACUGGACAGCGGGCAUCGGGUCACCAGGCAUCAAGUCAUUUGGGCUCGACAGCGAGCACCGCGUCAUCUGGCAAGGCAGUGGGCUCCGAGUCAACUGGCAUGACGACCGCGGGGCACCGGGGCAGACAUUGGAUCGUCUGGCUGGACAGCGGGCAUCGGGUCACCAGGCAUGACAGUUCAUUUGGCUCGACAGCAUUGCGGGCACCGCGUCAUCUGGCAAGGCAGUGGUCUCCGAGUCAACAGGCACGACAGUGGGCACCGGGUCAUCAGACAUUGGAUCGGUCUGACUGGACAGGGGCAU